CCUCGGGCCCGCAAACCCAUAAAUACCAGGACGGCGCUGGUGGCGGGAGACGCGGGUACGGGCAGCCGCCGGCGCCCCCGAGGUGCCUGGAUAACCACCGCUUUGAAGACCUCCCUGCCAUCUUGCCUGGCACCUGCCAUCGCCCACCUGGUGGCACCGCCUGAUCUUCCUCCGUCCUCCCGGCCCUUCCUGCUGUACCUGAGGAAUCUGGUCUGCUCAGGUCCCUUCUCUCCCCAUCUCUGCCCACACCGUCCCCCUACCAUGCGCUCCCUCCCAUGCUGCUUCCAAUCCUGCUGCUGCCUGCUUCUGCUGUUCUUUUCUGGAGCCCAGGGCGCCCCAGGGGCUCCCAGCGCUGCCCCAGAGCAAGUCCAUCUGUCCUACCCAGGGGAGCCGGGCUCCAUGACGGUGACCUGGACCACGUGGGUGCCGGCGCGCUCCGAGGUGCAGUUUGGGAUGCAGCUGUCGGGGCCCCUGCCCCUGCGGGCCCAGGGCACCUUCAGCACCUUCGUGGACGGCGGCGUCCUCCGCAGGAAGCUCUACAUGCACCGGGUCACGCUGCGGGGGCUGCUGCCCGGGGCCGAGUAUGUUUACCGCUGUGGCAGUGCCCGGGGCUGGAGCCGUCGGUUCCGCUUCAGGGCCCUGAAGAAUGGGGCGCACUGGAGCCCCCGCCUGGCUGUGUUUGGGGACCUGGGGGCUGACAACCCGAAGGCCCUGCCCCGGCUGCACAGGGACACGCAGCAGGGCAUGUACGAUGCCAUUCUCCAUGUGGGAGACUUUGCCUACAACAUGGAUCAGAACAACGCCCGUGUCGGGGACAGGUUCAUGCGGCUCAUCGAGCCGGUGGCGGCCAGCCUGCCGUACAUGACGUGCCCCGGGAACCACGAGGAGCGCUACAACUUCUCUAACUACAAGGCUCGCUUCAGCAUGCCGGGGGACAACGAAGGCCUGUGGUACAGCUGGGAUCUGGGGCCGGCCCACAUCAUCUCCUUCUCCACGGAGGUGUAUUUCUUUCUCCAUUACGGCCGCCACCUGGUAGAGAGGCAGUUCCGCUGGCUGGAGAGUGACCUCCAGAAAGCCAACAGGAACCGGGUGGCCCGGCCCUGGAUCAUCACCAUGGGCCACCGGCCCAUGUACUGCUCCAACGCGGAUUUGGAUGACUGCAGGCGGCACGAGAGCAAGGUCCGCAAAGGCCUCCGAGGCAAGCUCUACGGGUUGGAGGAUCUCUUCUACAAAUACGGAGUGGACCUGCAGCUGUGGGCGCACGAGCACUCGUACGAACGCCUGUGGCCCAUUUACAACUACCAGGUAUUUAACGGCAGCCUAGAGUCGCCCUACACCCACCCCCGAGGCCCCGUCCACAUCAUCACCGGAUCCGCGGGCUGUGAGGAGCGGCUCACCCCCUUCACCGUCUUCCCGGGGCCCUGGAGCGCGGUGCGCGUGAAGGAGUAUGGGUACACGCGGCUGCACAUCCUGAACGGGACCCACGUCCACAUCCAGCAGGUGUCCGACGACCAGGACGGGAAGAUCGUGGAUGACGUCUGGGUGGUGAGACCCCUGCGCGGCCGGAGGAUGUACCUCUAGGGCUGGGGGGCAGCUGUCAUCAGGAACCCGGUGACCGGUCACUGCCCAGGCCGGGAUGGGGAGCCGAGGCGGGCCCCCCGACUCCCCUGCCCUGCGGAGGCCCCACGUGGGGUGUGGCUGCGGCUCUGGUGGAGCCGGGAUGCUCUCCCUCCUGGAGAGGUGGGAGUCCCUGCCGGCCGGCUGUGGCGGGAGGGCACAGAGUGACGCGGGGCGGGUCCCCGGCCGCACAGCCCCGCCCUCCCGCACAGCCCCGCCCGGCCGCCCGCACUGCCAGCCUCGGGUCAGCCGGGCGGACACAAGCGGCAUGACGCCACUCGCCAGCAGGGGGCGCCAGGGCUUCUUCCUUCUGAUCCUGGUCCUCAGAGUCAGCCUGAAGCCUGGCUCCCUGUCCUCCAAAGAGUGCUGCCCGGUGUCCCUCUGUGCCUCAGUUUCCCAGCCUGGCACUGUCUCACCCGGGAAGACGGGAAGUGUUAACGCUCCUGCCUCUGAGCUGGGACAGCGGACGAGCUGUAUGAGCUCACAGACGUGCCAGCUUCUUUCUCUCUUUCCUUCUUCCUUUUAUUUAUUUAAUCAUUAUUUAUUGAGUGUCUGCCACGUGCCAGGCCGUGUUCCCAGUACCGGGGAGACAGCCACGGACAAGACAGGGACCCCUGUCCUCAUGGAGCUGACGCUGGGACCGGGGAGUCAGACUUUAGUAAACAUGACAGAUAAGUGGGUUAGACACACAUCUGCUCAGGGCGACCUAAGGAGGGUGACGUUGGAUCUAGGGGGGUGAGGAAGGAGCGGUGGGCAGACGUCAGCAGAGACAGCCCGUGCACAGGCCCAGAGACAGAAGUGCGUCUGCCCCGUUGGAGUCUCCCCGAGGAGGCCAGGGUGGCUGGAGCAGAGAGAGGGAGAGGAGAUUGAGGCCGAGGACAGGGAGGUGACAGGGAUGGAUCGUGUGGGGCCUUGUGGGCCACAGUGAGGAUUUUGGACGGAGCCAGGGCGGGCUCUGUGCAGGUGCAGGGUGUGAUCGCAGCCGAGGAGUCUGAAGCGGAGGCCGGGGGCUGCCCCUGGGGAAGCCUGCAGGUCCCGGCCCUGCGGAUGAGCUGGCGUCUGGUCGCUGUGCCACACACCGGCGUCCCCGGGCUCCCGGAGCACAACGAGCUGCUCUGGCCCGCUGUGGGGCUGCACAUGGGCCAUCUGGGCUCCCCAGUGCUGUCUCCCUGCUCCCCGGGGCUGGCACCUGCUCAACCUCUGGUCUCAGCCCCAGUGUCCCCUCCUAAGCAGCCUUCCUUGAUGACCCGGCUAAAAUAGCCUCAAUUGCUCCCUGUCCCAUCCCUGUUUCCCUCCUUCCUUUUUCAGGAGUGAGGUUCGAUUUCCUUUUUUUUUUUUU